AUGAAGUUUGCAUUGCUAGCGGUCAUCGCCAGUACUGUCGCGGCGGGUGUGGAUGCACACGCUAUCUCCCUCAAAAAUGACCUCGUUGACACCUUAGUUGCCGUCGAGAACCUGCGACGGUCUCUCCCUAACUCCCCCCAAGGAUACACUCCGACCUUUCAAAACUGCCCUCCCAAUGCCCCCGUGGUUCGAAGCGCCGCUUCACUCUCGCCGAACGAGACCGAGUGGUUACAGAAGCGGAGGAAUAACACGGUUGCGCCCAUGCGCGAUUUGUUGAGUCGACUGAACAUUCAAGGCUUUGAUGCGUCGCAAUACAUUGACCAUGUGGCCAACAAUGUCUCUGCUCUACCCAACAUCGGCAUCUCCGUGUCCGGAGGCGGUUGGCGAGCACUGCUGAACGGUGCUGGUGCUCUGAAAGCGUUCGAUUCCCGCACCGCCAAUAAUACCAACCAGGGCAAGCUUGGUGGCCUGCUCCAGUCUGCGACAUACAUCUCGGGUCUAAGCGGAGGGUCAUGGCUAGUUGGGUCUCUUUUCAUCAAUAAUUUCUCCUCGGUCGAGGCAUUGCAGGCGGAAACGAGCGGUUCCGUCUGGGAAUUCGGCAACAAUGUCAUUGAAGGCCCUGAGAAGAGCGGAAUUCAGAUCUUUAACACGGCUGAGUAUUAUGCCAACCUGGUAAGCGAUAUCGGGGGCAAGUCAGAUGCUGGGUUCGAUACUUCCCUCACGGACCUUUGGGGUCGCGGGCUGUCGUACCAACUGAUCAAUGCCACCGAGGGCGGCCCAGCUUACACCUGGUCCUCUAUCGGCAUUUCGGCGCCCUUCUUGAAUGCGGAUACUCCAUACCCCAUCAUCAUUGCCGACUCACGCGCGCCGGGAGAAACACUCAUCUCGUCCAACGCGACCAUCUACGAGUUCAACCCAUAUGAGAUGGGUACCUGGGAUCCUACCUCUUUUGGUUUCGUCCCGAUGAAUCAUCUGGGCACCAACUGGACAGCAGGCCGAGUUCCGGCGAAUGAGAAAUGUGUGGUAGGCUUCGACAACGCGGGAUUUCUCAUGGGGACAUCCUCUUCGUUGUUCAACCAAUUCAUUCUGAACCUCAAUGGGACUGGGGUUCCAGAUUCGCUGCGGAGUCUCGUUGCAGAUAUUCUGACGGGCUUGGGUGAAGACAACAACGACAUUGCCGAUUAUACGCCUAAUCCUUUCUUCCAGUAUAAUCCGCUCACCAAUCCCUCGGCCAAUUCGUCCCGGCUCACCCUCGUUGACGGUGGGGAGGACUUGCAAAAUAUUCCACUUCACCCACUCAUCCAGCCCAACCGUCAGGUCGAUGUCAUCUUUGCAGUCGACUCCUCGGCUGACACCACCUUUAGCUGGCCAAACGGGACCUCUCUGGUGGCGACGUACGAACGGUCUCUGAGCCCUAUGGCCAAUGGGACAAUCUUUCCCAGCGUCCCCGACGUGAAUACUUUUGUCAAUUUGGGUCUCAACACGCGUCCGACUUUCUUUGGGUGUGACACAUCCAAUUUCACGAGCGGCUCCAACAUCCCGCCGUUGGUCGUCUAUAUCCCCAAUUCGCCGUACGUGACAUUCAGCAAUAUCUCAACCUUUCAGCUGUCGACCAACAACACCCAACGGGACGCCAUCAUACUGAAUGGGCAGAAUGUUGCCACAAUGGCUAACGGCACGCGGGACGCCACUUGGCCCACAUGUGUGGCUUGCGCCAUCUUGAGCCGCAGUAUGGAGCGCACCAACACGGAGGUACCUCAAGCGUGCACAAGCUGCUUUAACAACUUUUGUUGGGAUGGCUCGCUCAACUCGACAGAGCCGGUCAACUACGCACCUGAGCCACUUCUCCAGGCGGAGAACCUAGAGAGCGGAAGCCCAAGACUCUUGCCUAGGUGGGCUUUUGCCGCGGCUGCGAUAGCGCUGGGAUACCAUUCUCUGUAA